ACCGGAUUUGGUGUGUGGUAGUAACAGAAAAAUGCCACGUGCGCUAUCUGAUGUGUGGAGACAUUUUACACCAGCUAAUGUACAAGGGAAAUCUGUAUAUAUGUGUAAGUAUUGUGAUAAGACGUACGUGAAGAAUGCCACAAAAAUGCAACAGCACAUUGCAAAGUGCAAAAAAAUUCCUCAAGGCCCAACACAUGCAGCAGCCAGGAGUUCCACUCAAGGGGAAAAUGAAUCUGUUUCAGCUGUAUCAGAGUCAGAUACCCACUCAUCAGCUCCUGGUCCCUCUGGCAUCAGAGGAUUCUUUGAUUUUAUGGAUGACACUAGCCAGAAAAAUGCAGAUGAGUGUUUUGCUCGUGCAAUCUAUGCAACUGGCUCACCCCUGAUGCUGACAUCCAAUGUGUACUGGAAGAGAUUUUUGAAUGUUCUCCGACCAGCAUACAUUCCCCCAACCAGACAUGCAUUGUCUACUCAUCUACUGGAUGAAGACUUCAGUUGAGUUCAAGCAAAGGUGAAACAGACCAUUGACCAAGCUGACUGUAUUUCAGUCAUCUCUGAUGGAUGGUCCAAUAUCAGGGGACAAGGAAUUAUUAACUACAUAAUCACCACUCCUCAGCCUGUGUUCUACAAGAGUGUAGACACAAAGGAAAACAGACACACAGGCCAAUAUAUUGCAGAUGAGCUCAAAGUGAUCAUCAAUGACCUUGGACCAGAUAAGGUUUUUGCACUGGUCACUGACAACGCAGCCAACAUGAAGGUUGCCUGGGCAGAUGUGGAGGAGACCUACCCUCAUAUAACUGCUAUUGGCUGUGCUGCCCAUACACUAAAUCUUCUCCUAAAAGACAUAAUGGCACUAAAAACAAUGGACACUCUGAAUAAGAGAGCGAAGCAAGUUCUGAAAUAUGUUAAAGGCAAACAAGUAACUUCCGCUACAUUUCUGUCAAAGCAAAAGGAAAAGAACAAGAGUACUACACUGAAGCUUCCCAGCAUAACGCGAUGGGGUGGUUGUUACGGCCCUAGCAGGGCCUCAUCCUGAAGGUGCCUGUGUGGGUGUGUCCUACAAUCUCCCAUCUGCCUGAGGUGCCACCUUCUUUCUUUUGUGCAGCUGACUCUCGUCAGUAAUUAAGAGUAUUUAAGCACAGGGAAAGGUGAGCUCUGGGCCAGAGUGCCAUUAGUGUGGUUACAGCUUGUGAGCUGUGCUUUUGUGGGUUGCAGCUAGUGAGCUGUGUUUUGUGGUUUGCGGUUUGCAGCUAGUGAGCUGCGUGUCUGUGUUUGCAGCUGGUGAGCUGCUCUCUCUUUUUGACUUACUUUGUACUUUAUUGACCAACGCUUGAGUUUUGUUUGUUUCUUUAAAUGGUGAUAGCGGCUUGUCCGUCUCUUUUAGUUAGUUUUAAUACAAACUUUAAUAAAGCUAUUUACUUUAACCAUUUUGCCUUCUUGUCUCCUUUUUCUGACCUGGACACUUUUUGUUACUUCCCCUCACCGCCUAGACCCCUCAGGGGAACGUAACAGUGGUGUUGUUAUCAUGUUUGACAGCCUUAUGGAAGGAAAGGAGUCUCUGCAAGAGAUGGCCAUAUCCCAGUCUGUAGGCAUCGACAGUGACAUCAAGAAGGUCAUCUUGGAUGAUGUGCUCUGGGAAAGAGUAUCUAGCAGUCAGAAAAUCCUCAAACCUAUUGCAGCAGCAAUAGCGAAGAUAGAGGGCGAUGGCGCCAUCUUGUCAGAUGUCCAGUGCCUUUUUGCAGAACUCAAAGAAGAAAUCCAGACAAUUCUGCCCACUUCCCUACUACUGAAAGCAGAGGAAACGGCUGUGGUCAAGUCAUUGGAACAGCGGAGGGAGUUCUGCAUGAAGCCAGUGCAUGCAGCAGCAUACAUGCUGGACCCCAAAUAUUAUGACAAGGGCAUACUUUCUGGGGAAGAGAUCAACAGUGCCUAUGCGGUCAUUACAGCCAUGUCUGACCACCUGGGUCUCGAUAAAGGCAAAGUUCUAGGCAGUUUGGCAAAGUAUCGAACAAAGCAAGGCCUUUGGAAAGGGGAUGGAAUAUGGCAGUCAUGCCAGCACAUAUCUGCAGUGUUGGGAAGACUCACAAAUGUGAGAGUGGAAAAGCUGGUCGGCAUUCGGGCAAACCUACGGCUCUUUGAGCCUGACACAGAGCCAUCCUCAACAAGGCUGGAAAGUGACACUGAAGAGGAAGACUCAGAGUUGGAUGCUGAGGAAGUGGACAUGUUGUUGGAUGAUGAUGAGGUCCAGGAAGAGUCUACUGACUGA